GGAGAACAUUGGGAGAAUGGUGGUGAAUCUGUGCAUGUGUGAUGCGGACAGCUGAAGCCCUGCUCAGAAGACACUAGUGCUUUGUUUGGGGAUCAGGUCUGAUGCCAGGUGAUCAAAGGAUGCAUUAAAUUUCAUAACUGACAGCCCGGUCAACAUGGCAAAGAAAAACAAAGAUGCCAAAGAGGCGAGCCCUUCUGGAUCCGACAGUGGUUCAGGUUCUAGUUCGUCUGGGUCCUCAUCUUCAGGGACAAGUUCCGGAAGUUCCUCGUCAGAUUCAGCAUCUAGGAGCCCGUCUCCUGCUCCCCAGUCUAAAGCCAAAGCAAAGGCAAAUGAUUGGGAUGAGGAGGCAGCAGACCUGCCGCCACCGCCAAAGCGCAGCGAGGCAGCAGCUGAGAAGGGGGUAGGCAAGGGGAAGGAUGCUGAUGAGGCGAUGCCAGAUGCUAUGCUAAAGGCUAAGUCCAAAGCAGCAGAGCCAAGGGACGUUGACAAGGAUGCUGCACCAAAGGCGAAUGGCCGGGCAACAAGUCCUGUCACGACACGGCUGCAUGUGGGUCACUUGACAAGGAAUGUGACAGAGGAUCACAUCAAGGAGAUCUUCUCCACCUUCGGCGCCAUCAAGUCUGUGGAGCUGUCAGUCGACAAGGUGGUGAAUCUUCCUAGGGGUUUUGCAUAUGUGGAGUACAAGGACCGGGAUGAGGCCGAGAAGGCGCGUGUGCAUAUGGACGGCGGCCAGCUGGACGGGAACGUUCUCAGCGUGCAAUUUGUGCUGGUGCCGCGCAAGCGCACGCCGCCGCCGGCGCCGCUGCCAGGGCCGCCGCCAAAGCGGCCGGCCUCGCCGCGGCGGGACCGGGAACGCGGCGCAGACCGGGACCGCCCGCGCCGCGACGACGACCGCCGCCCGGAGCGGCCGCGGCCGCAGCGGCUGCCGUCGCCGCCCCGCCGUCGGGGGGCCUCCCCUCUCCCCUACAGACGCCAGGCCUCCCCGCCUCGGGGCCGCCGAGGGAGGGUGGAAGGUAGUAAUUAUGCAACAACAGGGGUGAUGACGUAUCUUGCGCACACCAUGCAGGCCGCCAUCGCCGCCGCGCCGCAGGCCGAGCCCGGGCCGCCGCAGGGGGGCCUCCCCCCCGCGGAGGCGCCGGUCCCCCACGCCCCCGCGCCGCAGGCGGCCCCCCUCGCCACCGCCGCGCCGCCGCUCGUCCCCCGGCCGCCGCCGCACCCGCUCACCUCCAGCCAAGGCUGCGAGGUCACCGCCACCAAGGCGGCCAGCGCGCGGCGAGGACUCCUCCACUUCUGGGUCGUCAUCGUCCGGGGCCUCCAGCCGGUCUGGCAGCCCAUCCAACAGUUCAAAGAGCGAUUAGGCGCCAGGGCACGCUGA